AAUAUACAGUUGAACAAUGAUAUAAUGUACAAUUAAGUAUAAUACAUUUGUAAAUAUCGUAAAUCAAUAUGUAAUACUGAUAACGAAUGAUACCUUAACCUAUUCAUUCCUUUGUUUUCAUUAAUAAGUUAUCCUGAACAAAUUUUAUAAAUUGAUUAAAAUGUCUAAUAAAUUUUUAUAUUUUGCAUAUGGAAGUAAUAUGUUAACGCAAAGAAUACAUAUUAAUAAUUCAACUGCAGUACGAAAAGAUAUCGGAUUUUUGAAGAAUUUCAGAUUAGACUUUAUAACACAUUCAAAAAGAUGGGGUGGAUGUUCAGCAACAAUUGUUCCUACAGAAGAUUAUGUUGUGUGGGGAGCAAUUUGGGAAUUAAAUGAAUGUAACAUUUGUACAUUGGACAAUCAAGAAGGUGUGGCAGAUAAAUUAUAUUUCCCUUUAAUGGUUGACAUAGAAACACUUACUGGUAAAAUAUUAAAAUGCAGAGUGUACCAGCAAUGUAACAAUCCAAAUGAACAUAUAAAAUUACAUCUACUACCAAAGCAUAGAAGACCUUCACCAUUAUAUCUAGAAACAAUAUUAAAUGGUGCAUAUGAAAGUCAGUUACCAUAUGAUUACAUUAAAGUUUUAGAAAAAAUACCGCAUAAUGAAUAUACAGGAGAAUAUGAUAUUGGCCUUCCCUUGAAAGAAGUUUAAAUUCAUCGAUCUUAUGCUUCUUCAAACGUUUUUGGACAGUUGGUUCAUUUUCUAUUAAGUUAAGAGCUGUCUCAAGUGAUAAUUUAUCUGUUUCAUACUUGGGUAUUUUAAUCUUUGUGCAGAGUGCACCAUUUAUCUAAUAAUAUAGUAUUAAUAAUGUAUUGCUAUGAAAUUAUUUAUAGUAUUAAACUAUUUUGAUUUCUAAGAAUUACAUAAUUGUCACGUGUAAUAAAUAAUAUAAAAUUAUAUAAUGUAUUAUAAUGUAAUGUAAAAUUUAUAUAAAUGAAACAAUAAAUAUUUUAAACACUUUGUA